AUGUCGGACGGAUUGCACCGGAAACGACCUACGCGAGACAAUGGACAAGCUGUUGCUUCAACCGCUGGUCCCGGGGUCGGAGGGCACCAGAGUAACGGAAGAGGCUCUGGAGUGACAUCAGGUUUGACAAGCCUACCACGACGACAACGGCACUUCAGAAUGGCUACAUGGAAUAUCUUUUCACUCACAGGGAAGCACCAGGAGCUUAAGAGCGAAGCAAAAAGAUUCCAAUUAGAUAUAAUUGGUGUUUCGUCUACUAAGCAAAGAGGUAGUGGAACUGUGGAUCUUGAGGAAGGGUGGCAACUUUUCCUGUCUGGAGUGGCACCGGAAAUGUCUGCACAGGCGGGUGUGGGGAUACUCACAAGCCCUCGGCUGUCAGACAGGGUUUGUGAUGUCUGGACACACAGUGGGAGAGUGAUGGGUAUCAAGAUCAAACUUGAGAGAUCUUCCCUGGCGGUGUUGCAGGUGUACGCACCGAACGCAUCGUCAGAGUACCCAGCUUUCCUAGAUGAAGUGGAGGAAGUCCUGAAUAAGGCAUCUUCUGAAGCGGAUUCAGUUGUGUUGUUUGGGGAUUUCAAUGCCCAUGUUGGUGUUGACUCUGAGACAUGGAGGGGUGUGAUUGGGAAGAACGGGGAUAAGAGUGAGAACCCGAACGGUAAAAUGUUGCUGGAUUUCUGCGCAAUCAAAGGUUAUUCGAUCAUGAAUACCUUUUUCCAGCACAAGGAGAUUCAUAAAUACACCUGGGAAGACACAAAACGAGGACUUAAGUCAAUAAUUGACUUUGUCCUGGUUCCCGGUGUUGAUAGAAGAAUUGUCCAAGACGUUCGAGUUUUUAACAGUGCUGAACUGUCAACUGAUCACCACCUGCUCUUUGCAAAAAUUAACCUCAACGAAGAUCCUCCCGCUCUACCUAAGGGUAAGAGCAAAGUGCUUAAAUGCAUUAGGUGGGAGAGUCUCAAGAAGAAAGACGUUGAGGAAAAAUUUGUGAAGGGCAUACAGGAAAGGUUUGAACAAAUUCCACAGUCUCCUUCUGACAUAGAGGCUGAAUGGGCCUGCUUCCAAACAGCCAUUUUGGCCUCGGCUACAGAAGCUUGUGGCGUUAAGCGCAUUAAUGUGACGAACAACGUGAAACGGUCAUCUUGGUGGGGAAUACCGGGAGUAAAAGAAGCCGUUGGAGAGAAAAAGAAGGCUUACAAGUUGUACAUACAACGUAAGGAUUCUGAUUCUCGUGAUCGUUAUGUUGAGGCGCGAAAGGCUGCAAAGCUCGCAGUUAAAGCCGCUAGAGAGGAGGCGUGGAAAAAGUUCGUCCGAAGACUCCGAGGGAAGAAGAGCAAUUCCAUCCAAGGAGUAACAUCCAAGGAAGGGAAUCUUCUGACCAAAGAGGAAGAGGUUUUAAAUCGCUGGAAAGAGUACUUCUCAGAAUUGCUCAAUCCUCAGCAAGGCACUGAUGAUGACGUACCCAGGAGUAAAGGCAGGGAGGAAAGUAGUCCUUCAGAGAGUGAAGUCCUCUUUGACAAUCAUAAUGAUAGACUAUGCAUCGAUCAUUUCGCUGAGAGGAAAAAUGACAACGCUAAGAAGACAAUGAAGUACAAUCCGGGAGAUAUUUGA